UUUACGACAUAUAGCGUGAACAACAUUUAUUUUGCACGCGACCGCAUGGUUCCCAAGAUCCAAUCAAAUAAUCCGUUUCAAAAAUUUAGAACCGCCCACUACAUUUUACCCCAUAUAUAAACAGCCCACGCUUCAGGAGCGGUCUUUUUUCCUGCAAAUUCCAAGAACGAGAGGUAGACAGUUAAAUUUUUAAAAGUAUACAUUUAGAAAAUAAAAUGUACAUGUUUAAAACUUGUAUCAAGAUCGACUGUUAUUUUAUUGUUACUUUCGGAAGAUGUUCAUUGUAGUAUCUAUCCGAAAAAUAAAUUUAUUGAACGCUCUAGAUCUAGCUCAUUUAAACUAAGUCUUGCUUUACAGUAUAUAUUUGAAUACGCGUCAUCAAGGUGACGUCAUAUAAAUGAGCCGCGCCGUGAGAAGGGUUCUUUUGCGGCUGGAUCGGGUCCGGGCCGGCCUUCGCGUCCGGGCGGUCUGGUCGGGCUCUAUGCUGUUCAAUUUCAAAGCCUGUAACAAUUAGAGAAACCGUCAGCGAAUAGAAUGGGUCGUUGCGGGCCGCGGGGCCACUGUGUUGGUUUUUUCUUGGCGCGGCUCAAAUAAUAACUAUAAUAAAAACAAAAACAUCAACAGAAAACAUGGUAGCUUUACGAUCUGAAUUCCUCUAAACUGAAUAUUAAUUUUUUGUUUUGCUUUUUUCCAUAACUUAAACAAACUGAGCAUGCUUCCACGAAAACGGGCCCGGACAUCACAAAGAGCUCCACAUACAUCAUCAUCGGAUGGAAACAAGGGUCCAUCGGAUCAAGCAACACCGAAAUCUGGCCAGCCAAAGAGUCAACAAACACCACCGUCACCGCCGAAUAGGAAACGUCAGCAGACACAGCCGGCACCGCCGAAUAGGAGCGAAGGUCACGUGGACAGCCCGGGACAAUCAGUGGACAAGACUCAAUCAUCUACUGCCCCUCUCCGCGGACCGGGAGCCUUGUCAAGUUCCGGAGUCCUUCCUCCAGCUGUUGAGGGCGAAAUAGACAGGCUUAUCAGCGCUUCCCUUUCACAAAAUACACAGAAAAGAUAUCGUUCAGCAAUCGAGUCUUUUACAAAUUUCUGCAUUAAUAGUUAUGUCGAAUUAAACUGGCCACCAACCGUCGAGCAAAUAACGGAAUACAUCGCAUUCAUGUCUUUAAGGCAAUACUCGCACUCAUCUGUAAAUUGCCAUAUUUCUGCGAUCAGUUACGUGAAUAAAUUGAAUGGUCUACUGGAUAAUACCAAACAGUUUAUCGUUAGAAGCAUGUUAGAAGGGCUAAAGCGCCUGAAAACAAACACCGAUACCAGACAACCAAUAACGCAGUCAGUUCUGUUGAAGCUGUUAGAUUCCCUAACACACGUUUGCAGAUCACAAUUUGAAGCCAUGUUGUUUACGGCGGCUUUCUCGUUAGCUUACAUUGGCUUAUUACGUAUUAGCGAAUUUACUUCUAGCAAUAAAACAACAACUUCAGGCGUUCUCAAGUUUCAGGAUGUAAUCAUUGGGUCAAACAAAAUACGAAUUUACUUACAGAAAUCAAAAACUGAUCAGACGGGCACCGGAACAUCAGUUGACAUCGAAAUAAGCGAUAAGAACAAAUUCUGUUGUGAAAACAUUGCUAACUAUAUUGCCUUCAGACCAAAUACAGAUGGUCCAUUCUUUGUUCAUUUUGACGAAAGCCCGCUAACUUCUUUCCAGUUUAACGCAGUUCUGAGAAAAGCAAUAAAAUUUGCAGGUUUAGACGCCAAUUUGUAUAAAUCACACUCUUUUAGAAUUGGUGGCGCAACUUCAAUGUUUCGAGACGGGACUUCAAUAAAUAAUAUAAAGUCCCAAGGAAGAUGGAAAUCUGAUAGUUACAAAUCUUACAUUCGUUAAAAUUGUGACUGAUCUCUGACUGAGUGCUAAUUUUGGCGGUAAUAAGCCUUAAAAUGUAUAAAUUGAAAAUGAGUGUGCCUUUGUAAAAAAUCAUAUCUUGAAAGUCACAUUCGCUGUCACAGUAUCAUUAUUGCUAUACCUGUUGGUAUUACCUGCUUGUUAAAGCCAUUGGUAUAUGGCGCACAUAAUUCAACCAUAAUUAAAUUAAAAUAAUAUUUAUAAAAAAAAA